AUGCCUGUCACCACUCGCCCAUCAAACGCUAACACGCACCCUGGUCAAAUUGUUCGCGAUGCAAGUCGAAAACAACGUACUAAAGCUGAGAAGGCUGCUGAUGACAAACGGCUCCGUGAAGAACAGGAAGAAAAGGCAGCAGCCGCUGUACAAGGCAUAGAGCGCCUUGCCAAGAUUCAAGCCUCCAUGGAGGAGUCACAGGCAAGUAUGACUAACAAGAAGCCGAAGGCAGUUAGGCCGCGUGCUGUCAAGAAGCCAGUGGCGGCUUCUCUGAAGGAAGCCGGACGAGCGCUAGGUGAUAAGCAGGAUGAAGACAGGUUGGGACAGGAGGGACUUACAAUGGAGAUUGACGGAGAUUAUCGAAGCAUCAAAGAUGUGAAGGUCGCUUCCAAGCGAUCACUCAAGGGUGCUGUUGAUGCGGCACAUUUAAAGCUGAGAAGGGAAAAUCAGUUUAUGCCACGUGUUAGAGAUGAGAAAGAAUCGUUUUCAUCACCGUCCAUAAAAUCAACAGUCGCUGGACGAGUCAACGCUUGGUCUUCAAAUGUUACAGCAGAUCCGCAACGCACCCAAUCAAACUCCAGCUCUCAACCAGCUUCUGCCCCUCCUUCGACCAUAUUUUCCAAGUCUACCGCAACAACAGCUUCCCAAGCAACUACCGUGAAAUCGCAGGUCGUCCAUGGAAAAUCAACCAUGGAUGACCUUGAAGACGCGCUGGUUGGUGGAUUUGAUGAUGUGGAGGUUGAUGAGUCGCUGGAGCGUGAGGCUGCAUUUCAGUCAAUGAGAAGGGGAAGGAUGCCGGUUAAGUCAAUCAUUCAGAUGACUGAUAGUAGUAUCGAGGAUAUUCCACCACCUCCAACACAGCCAAGAAAGCCAACUCGCCUCACCACCCCCAUCAACAGCAAUGUAUUGCGGAGGCUUGCGAGGGAGGAUGCUGAUGUUAUGUUCGCAGAUGCUGACACAGAGGACUCGGACUCGUCAGACGUGGUCGAUAUAACCGACGACAUUGAUGUGGUUGAUGUGGAUGACUCUGUCAGUAUAAUCGAAUGGCCUGCUAUCAAACAGGAAGCAGAAGAUGUGCGUAUGGAAGAUUCAAGGUCAGGUGUAAAGAAGAAGGGAUCUCGGACAACAUCUUCGACCUUUGUCACAACUACUGACAUUAAGGUACCUCCUUCAAAGAAGAUCAAGACCGAGCAAGUGGACUCACUCGACACUCCUUCAACUGACGAUCACCCUUGGGUCGAACGAUGCAAGGCUCGGUCAGCGUACCGCAACACUGAUCUACCUCCUCCUUGUCAGGACUUGCGCUGGUCAAAGACGUUCCUUCCCACCAUAUUCCUAUGGGCAGGGGGCCAGCCAAACCUUUGGAGCAUUGACGACGAAUCCCUCAUAGUUGCUAUUCGAGCUACUUUCAAAGUUGUCUAUCCCGAGGUUGAAUACACGCCCACAAUUCAAGGAUCUGUUUUUGGAGUUACCAAUCAGCGUCUCUUGGAAUGGCGUAGCAACUUUGGCUCCACCGCUAUCGCCAUCGUGAUUGAUUUUUUGGCCCGAAAUGAAGACGACGAGGAUCUGGACUUGGAGGGACUUGCCAAGUAUCUCCUCGCCAAGUAUGCUUUCCUUUACGCGGAUACAGAAACACUGGAUAAGGCAACAAUCUAUCGCUCCCCCUUCAUGCUUCAACUUGCCACCAUUGGUCAUGUGGAUGUUCCAGAACUCAAGACCGGCGCUCUUGUUGAAAAGGGCAUCAUUGGUGUUGUCUCAAUCUGCGCGGCAGCGUUAGAACGUGCACUCACUCUCAUCAGCAAUAAUGAUAUAAAUGUUGAAGAUGUGCUUGCAGCAGGACCUGCACAGCGCAGGUCAAUGGUGAGGGCACCCAAGGUCUUGAAUAAGGCAACCGGGAAGGAGACUUGGACGAUUCACGCCUUCUCUGUCAGCAACUGGGGCUCUCAAACUCUUGCAUUCUCGAAGUCGGUGCAGGCCAAGGGAGACGAGGCAAUCAAGACUAUUUCCUCGAUGGCUUGGAAGGUCCUCAAGAAGUCGAAAUCUCAGGCUGGGCUUGAGAGUUUCCUCGAUGACGAUGAAUCCAUCGAAAAUGACCCUCGCGCCUUUCUCUGAGAUACCUUUUUGUCAUCUUCGUGCUCUGUUGUCUGGCUUACUGUUCUUGCAUUAUACCAGCUUUCGCAUCAGUUUUCUCCCCUUUCCAUCACUUUUAAUGACUUUUGCAUUCCGCUCGCAUGUUGCAUGACUCGUACUUUGUUCAACUUAAUCUUCCUUCCACUACGCAUUUUUACACACUUUUACUACUUUUAUAGACGGCGCG